AUGAAUGAUCAAAUCUAUUUUACAACAAUUGCUAUUAUUUAUUGCAUAUUAAAUAUGAUUACUAUUAUAUUUUCAUUAAUCAUCGUCUUAACUAUUGCCAUCAAUUGGAAAAUGCAUUUUUGUUCCGUUUCAAAUCUUCUUAUUUUGAAUUCAUCAUUUGUUUUCUUUUUAUAUGCUAUCAGCUGUUUUAUUCAAACACCAUUGAUGAUUUCUAAUAAUAACAAUAUCAAUUUACUUUUCUGUCAAUUAUGUGGCUUUUUUGGUCAAUAUAUAGCCGGAACGCAAAUCUUUACAUUUCUGGCUCAAGCAAUAUUUCGUUAUUUUGCAACUGUUCUUUAUCGACAAAAGAUUCUUUUAACUUUUCGUGUGAAUACUAUUAUAAUUAUAUUAGGUUGGAUUAUUCCUUUAAUUAUAACAGCUAGUCUGCUUGUAUUACCAUUAGCUUAUCAAUAUGAGCCUGAAUCAAGGAUAUGUUUUACUUCAACAAAAUAUUUAUUGGGAGCACUUAUAGUUAGUAUCUUUAUUUUCUUUAUGCCUUUAACAAUAAUCAUUGGUCUCUAUGGAUUAAUUCUAUGGAAUUUAACACAUUUCGAUCGUUUUCAAUCCGAUGCUAACAAUAUAAUAAGAUAUAAACGAAAUAUAAAAGUGUUUCAUAAUAUCCUUCUUAUUGUUGCUAUACUGCUUGUUUGCGGAGUACCUUAUUUGCUUUGUAUUAUUAUUAACAUUAUCUCUGAAACACCAUGGAUAUUGUACUCAAUUAAAACACUAUGUAUCUCAUUAUCUAUAGCACUUGAAACAUUGGUACUAUUUUUUACUAAUGGUAAAAUUAAGAAGACACUUUAUGAAAAAAUAGGUUUUCAUCAGACACAAGUACAAGCGAUACAAUCCAGAAAAAACAAAUCAUAUCAAUAG